UCUCUCUCUCUUCUCUCUCUCUGCCUGUAUUUCCAGUGAUUGCUGGCCAGCUCUCCUACUGUAGGUGGAGCUGUCUGUCCUGGAGUUGUGGGGCAGGUCUUCCUGUUGUGCUGGCUACCUUUUGCUCUCUGUCUCUGGUUCCUUUUUAAUGACAGCCGUGCUCCGGUACAGCAGGAUUACUGCCUGACGAAGACUUUUGUCAUCUGGAUGCUCCACCGUCUGUUACUGCAUACCGCCGCCUUCUCGUUACGGGGGGGUGUUUCCUUUGAUGUCCUUUAAUACGUUUUCAUGAUUUUGGUCAGAAGUUUUCCCCUCAACCGAAAUGUCUCUGCAGUGCAAAGCGGGAGGGAAUCCAUCGAUAGCUGAUCAGCUUCCCUGGAUUUCGCUGACGACAUCGCUUUGUUGUGUGUGAAGAUGGAAACACUGGAGUCGGAGCUGACCUGCCCAAUCUGUCUGGAGCUCUUCGAGGACCCCUUGCUCUUGCCCUGCGCUCACAGCCUGUGCUUCAACUGUGCCCACCGUAUCCUGAUCUCCCACUGCAGCCCCAACGAGCCUGUGCAGUCCAUCAGCGCCUUCCAGUGUCCAACCUGUCGCUAUGCCAUCACCCUCAACCAGAGGGGCCUAGAGGGACUGAAGCGUAACGUCACUCUGCAGAACAUCAUCGACCGCUUCCAGAAGGCUUCCGUGAGCGGGCCCAACUCCCCCAGRGAGACUCGCCGRGAGCGGGRCGCCCRYGACYGCWKGGCCAUGACCUCCCCCAGCGAGASGGUGCAGUGRCAGUUCUGUGAGCAYGACCCUCCCCAYGARGCCGUCAAGACCUGUGUCACCUGRGAGGUGUCCUACUGCGARGAGUGCCUGAAGGCCACCCACCCCAAUAAGAAGCCCUUCACUGGCCACCGUCUGAUCGAGCCCAUGCCGGACUGCCACAUCAGGGGACUCAUGUGUCUGGAGCACGAGGACGAGAAGGUGAACAUGUACUGUGUCACAGAUGAACAGUUGAUCUGUGCCUUGUGCAAACUGGUCGGUCGGCAUCGGGACCACCAAGUAGCCGCCCUCAGCGACCGCUAUGAGAAACUCAAGAGAACUCCAGGCUGCUAUCUCAGUGAGAGGAGUGAACAGGAGGAAGCAGACCAGGAGAUAUCUACGCAAACCUUGGACUCCAACCUCAGCAAUCUGAUUAAGAGGAACAAUGAGUUGGAAACUCUGAUGGGCAAGUUGAUCCAGAUCUGCCAACAUGUGGAGGGUAAUGCAUCAAGACAAGAGAACAAGCUCCUUGAAGAGUGUGACCUUCUGAUGGACAUCAUACAUCAGAGAAGACAGAUCAUAGCCACCAAGAUAAACGAGGGCAAGGCUACCCGGCUGCGAAAGCUAGCCCAGCAGAUCGCCACCUGCAAGCAGAUCAUCGAGAGAUCGUCAUCCCUCAUCACUCAAGCGGAUCACACCCUGAGGGAGACAGACCACGCCCGCUUCCUGCAGACAGCCAAAAGCACCUGCGAGAGAGUGUCCAUGGCAACAGCAUCCUCUCAGAUCCUGAUACCAGAGAUAAACCUGAAUGACACCUUUGAUACGUUUGCGUUGGACUUUACAAGGGAAAAGAAAAUGCUGGAAAGCUUGGAUUACCUCACAGCACCAAAUCCCCCAAUAAUCCGGGAGGAAUUAUGUACAGCAUCGUACGACACCGUCACUGCUCACUGGACAUCAGAUGACGAGUUCUGUGUCGUCUCCUAUGAGCUGCAGUAUGCCAUCUUCACUGGACAAGCCAAUGUCGUCAGUUUGUGUAACUCAGCUGACAGCUGGAUGAUUGUGCCCAACAUCAAGCAGAACCACUACACAGUGCAUGGACUCCAGUGUGGCACCAAGUACAUCUUUAUGGUCAAAGCUAUCAACCAGGCAGGGAGUCGCAGCAGUGUACCUGGGAAGCUCAAGACCAACAGUCAGCCGUUCAAGUUGGACCCAAAGUCUGCUCACAAGAAGCUGAAGAUCUCCCACGACAACCUGACGGUGGAGCGAGACGAGACGUCGUCCAAGAAGAGCCACACCCAGGACCGCUUCACCAGCCAGGGCAGCUACGGCGUCACGGGGAACGUGUACAUCGACAGCGGGCGCCACUACUGGGAGGCCUUGAUAGGAGGGAGCACAUGGUUUGCUGUGGGCGUUGCUUACAAGUCAGCACCGAAACACGAGUGGGUCGGCAAGAACUCGGCCUCGUGGGUAUUAUCUCGAUGCAACAACUCCUGGGUAGUACGUCACAACAGCAAGGAGAUGCCCAUCGAGCCGUCCCCCCACCUGCGUCGCGUGGGGGUGUUGUUGGAUUACGACGCCGGGUCCCUGGCCUUCUACGAUGGCGCUGGCUCACAGCACCUGUACACGUUCGACAUCACCUUCGCUCAGCCAGUCUGUCCCGUGUUCAACGUGUGGAACAAGUGUCUGACUGUUCUCACGGGGCUGCCCAUCCCAGACCACCUCGAGGGGACAGACUGCCAGGAUUAACAGACCAGCUGAUGCAACACAAAGACACAAAGGGAGCAGAACAGACCCACUUCAGCCUCACCUGGCUGCCUUUUGUGUCACACCAUCCAUGCUGUUUGAAACAGAACAAAGCCAUGGUGCCAGAUAAGUCUCCAAUCAUGCUCUUAUAGAAGCAAAUACAUUUUUUUUAUUAUUAUUUAUGGAAACCAUUUAUUGGGUUAAAAAAAUAUUGUAGAUUUUAUUUCUUGCUUAACACAUUAAUAUUCACUGCUAUAUUUAUGCUUGUUGGUUUUGGGAUGCGCUUAGAGAGGAAGGUGGGUAUAACCUUUUGAAGUUCAGUCAAAUUUACAGUAUUUUUAAGCAGGCAGUGGUUAGAGCGUUGGGCCAGUAACCAAAAGGUUGCUAGUUCGAAUCCCUGAGCUGACUAGGUAAUAUGUCUU